UUUACUUAUAGCAAAACACGUGCUGGUGGAAUAACAAACGCAAGUUGUCAUAUUUUUGGUAAAUUUUAUAAUUGUUCUGAAGACAAAACUAAGGAAUGUCUUAUGGAUAAAUAAACACAUUGUCUCAGGUAGCGUGACUUGUGUUUCAGAAUUGAAUAGUUUGUGUGAAAGUCGGGUAUAAUGGCUUUUAAAGCUUUUGUACGUUCAUGUGAGCAAGAAAGUGACAUGUGAUCAGAAAUAUGUGUGUCUUGUGUUGAAUUAAAUGUGAUGUAAUAUGGAUAUUGUUCUCAGAAAGGGUGUGUAGUGGAACUUUAUAUUUAAAAAUAAGAACACGGAGACACCAUGGGAAUGGCAUUGUUAUUAAGGGUUUUGAUUAUGUCGUGUUAUUUUCUGGAUUAUGUGGAAACAUAUCGAGGCAUUAUACCUAUAGGAGGUAUAUUUGCCAGAGAUGAUGUUGUGUCGCAAAAAGCUUUUGAGUAUGCCAUCAAACAACAUAAACGUCGUUUUAAAGAGCCAUUCUUUGAAUUCAAUGUAACUGUUGAUAAAAUCAAUAUCAACGAUAAUUUUCAACUCGCAUCAGCAAUAUGUCGUCAAAUGUCUGAAGGCGUGUUUGCUAUAAUCGGACAGAAGACCACGCAAUCAUCUGAUAUCGUACAGGCCUUUACCAGCACGUUCCAUAUGCCAUAUCUUACACCAAGUUUAUCACGUGAUACAUCACGAAAGCACUCCAUGUUUGAAAUUCAUUUGAAACCUGAUUUCACAGAGGCCUUAAUAGAGUUGAUAAGAUUUCUCCAAUGGGACCAUGUACACUUCCUCUAUGAUUCUGACGAAGGUCUAAUACGACUUCAAAGAAUAUUUCGGUCCAUGCGUAAUGCUAGUGUGGAUUGGUUCUCCGUGAAGCGGUUUAACGAUAUUAACCAUGUCCAUGAUGAUUUAAGACAAAUUGAUCGAGGCGAUAUCAAUGCAACUAAAUCAUUUGUACUCGAUUUGUCCAGUGAAGAAGCUUAUAAAACAGUUUUAAAACAGAUACCAGAAGUCGGUAUGAACAAAUAUGGAUAUAAUUAUCUAUUGGGAACGUUAGAUUUUAAAAGUUUAAAUCUAUCACGGUAUCGCCAUGGUGGAGUAAAUAUAACUGGAUUUCAACUAAUAGAUGAAGAGACAACUGAUAAUAGAGAUUUUAUAAAAGAAAUGAAGAAACUACAUGUUACAGUAUCUAGUUUCGAUGGUACAAAUGUUGUACCAUCUAGUGCUGCUCUAACUGUUGAUGCUGUAACUUCACUAGAAGAUACUAUCGCCGCCAUGUUGGGUAAUAACUCUGAUGCCUUCCGGUAUACCUUUAGACGGAAGCAUGUAUAUAAUUAUAACAGAACCCGUGGUGUACCUUGUACUACUGACCCACCAACUCCAUGGAUGCAUGGAGACGCAAUAUAUGCUCUUCUUAAAUCACGUAAUCCACCAGGAAUAUCAGGAAGGCUACACUUUGACGAGAAAGGUUUCAGACAAGAUUACAAGCUCGGGGUGUAUACCGUCAAUUUAGAAUCGGGACCAAAUAAGCUAGGUACGUGGUCUUCUGGUAUAGGUUUUAGAAGUAUGCAUGCCCCUAGAGGCAAAUACAACUACAGACCACCCGGAACAGGAAAUACAACGAAAAUAGUUACAUCUAUAAUUUCAAAGCCAUUUUUAAUGAAGAAGCCUGUUGAAAAUGGUGUACCUCCAGUAGGCAAUGAUAGAUAUGAAGGAUAUGCUGUUGAUCUUAGUAGACACAUUGCUCGUUUGCUGGGGUUUGAUUAUAUUAUUAAAUUAGUGGAAGACGGGGCAUAUGGUACUAAAAUAGCACCUAACAAAUGGAAUGGUAUGAUAGGAGAGUUAAUGAUAGAAUGUUGUCUCAGUUGA